AUGUCACCAACGGAACAGGAAGAGGUCCCGUUUGAGGCGUUGUUGUUGGAAUAUGUCAGCCCGGAGCCGGCAGAUCCAGGCUUGGAAACCGCUACGGGUCUUGUAGCUUUAUUCUCCGCAAAUCGGGACUAUUUUACCUCGGAAUACAUGCGCCAUGCUUGGAAAUCAGGGUCCAUCAAGAACAAGUUGGAAGAGGCUAAAAACUUGAAAGCACAACAGAAAGCUGAGAAGGCGCUUCCUUCUGACGUUCACUUCAAGCACGACCGUUUGCAGAGUGAUGCGGAGUGCUUCCGUCUUCUCAAAGUCAUGUCGGCGGAUCCAAAAGGCCUGAUUGAGUGUUCCGUGGAAGAGUUCCGGUUUGAUCAAAGGCCUCCUUUCGUCGCGCUCUCUUACGUAUGGAGUGACAAGGGCCCCGUUGCAGAAUUUUCAAGAGAUUUUCGCACUCCCGAUAAUGACCAGCUUUGGCCGUUCAACCCCUACGAGACACGAAAAAUUAUAUGCAAUGGAAAACCAUGUAUGGUGAGUGCCAACCUUCAUGCUGCCCUUCUCGGACUUGAUGGAAGUCUCGACGGCCGCUAUCUCUGGGUGGAUGCCAUAUGUAUCAACCAGGAGGCAGGCGAAGAGGACCACGAGAAGAAUGUGCAAGUGCAGAACAUGCAUAGGAUCUAUGGCGGAGCAGAUGAGGUUUUUAUCUGGCUGGGCCGGAAGCACAAAACACGGGAUAUCGCAUUCAGUCUCGUCGAAUCAUGGCCUCCUUAUCCCGAAGACGUAAACAACGCAAACAUACGGUUUCGGGGCAAAACAUAUCGCACAGCAAAGGAAUUCAUGAACGCAUCGGCUGCGACAGCAGAGUUCGUGUCAUGGCAUUUUUUGAUGGUAGCAAUAUCGGAAGGGUGGUUCCAAAGAGUAUGGACACUUCAAGAGUUCAUAUUGGCAUCCAAGUACGCAUUCUUCUACGGCGGCAAGCAAAUUCCUACUACGUCUAUCAAGAAUGCCAUGUCUUGGGUCUACUUCAUCUGUCAGAGCGGGCCUUCUACCAUGUUUCCGGCAUGGGUGAACUUCCAGCCUUCCAUCUUCACCCUGAAGCGACAAUGGGAUGAGAGAGAACAGAAAUUUGACUUCACUGAGAGCGUAUUUCUUGGUGGUACCAGACUUGCGACAAACCCCCGUGACAAGGUAUAUGCCCUGAUGGCACUCAUGGAGCCAGAAUCUCUACAACCAUCAAUAAAUGAGGGCGCCAAACUCCCUGUACUGGAAGUUGCCUACAGAAGGCCAAUGAAGGACCUUUACCUGGACAUUGCUCUCCGUCUCCUUUACGGAAAAGCAGGUCUUUCCAUCCUCUCUCUCGUAAACCACCCCCUUCCCAAGGCAACCUACAAGCCGAAAUCCAAAAAGCCCAUCGGCAACCGUUUGAUUGACGAAUACCGCGGCAAGUCCAGAGGCUGGACAAAAGAGAACCGCUCCGUCAUCAAACCAGAAGAAGAUGUUUUCCUCCCCGAAUUGCAGCCAGACUGGGAAAGUUGCGCCCGCACCGACGCCUUCCCGUCGUGGGUGCCGAAGCUGGCCAGCUCUCUCGGCAGCCAGCCCUUCUUUCAGCGGGCAGGCCCCGCCGGUCAAAACGUCUUCCGCGCCGCGUCGAACGUACCACCUUCUUUCAGCACUGCAGAGGCUGAUGGCCACCGCGUACUGUCUGUCGCGGCCAGGCCAUUCGACACCAUCAAGACGGUAGUCAGCCUCCCCCAAUCGCUCGGAGAGCUGCACUGGAGCAAGUUCGCGGAGAAAGCUCAGCGCACGGAGUUCUGGUCGCUCGUCACAUCCCUCGUCAACAAGAAGCACGGCGGCAGCAGCACCUACGCACCCACCGGAGAGCGUACCGUCUCCGCCAUCUGGCGCACCCUCAUCACCGACAUCUGGAACAGGCGGCAUCCGGCACCAGACUACGUCGAGACCUUCUUCCUCAACUGGCUGGCCAAGGCGAGCUUGCAGGACAAGCUACGCCGUAGCCUGGACCUGGAGAAGGAACCGGACCACCGCAAGGAGGAGAUCUUCAUGAUUGUGCUGCGCGAUGUGGGGAUGGAUCGGAAGUUUGUCGUUACGGAGAAGGGGUAUUUUGGACUGGCGCCGCCGACGGCGAGGGUUGGGGAUGCGGUUAUGCUGGUGGCGGGGAUGUAUGUGCCGUUUACGUUCAGGAAGCAUGUCGCUGGGGAGAAUGCGUGGUUGCUGAUGGGUGAAACGUACGUGCAUGGCAUUAUGGAUGGCGAGUUUGAGAGGGAGACAUGUUCUUUUGGGAAUAUUGAUAUCCUGUGA